GAAAAUCGGAGGUUGGGGCGCCGCCCUAGGAAGUAUAGGAGCCGUUCGCCAGGUAGCGCCACUCCAUAUCAAUAUACGGGGGCACGGUGCUCGUGAAAAGGCGUCAAAAACUUAGCAAAUUUAUCGUGGAUCUAGUCAAGUGCGGUAUUCGCGUAUUGUUGGUACUAUCGGAGAGUUAAAACUGUAUCGUGUGUGUAUAUGUGAUAGGUUCGGGGCGUGUGAUUUCCGGCGUUAACCGAAACUCAAAUACAAAGUAAAAUAACCGAAUGCCUCGCGAAGCUGCCGACAAAGGUAAUAUGCGUUCGGGAUCGUCGAACAGAAGGAGGGACGUCGUCUAAACUAUUUUGUAUUGCGCGCAUGCUUGUACACUCGCCAUUUUGAAGGUAAAAUGAUGGUUUGGAAACGAGACUGACAGAGAUUUAAUUGAGACUGGAGGGGCUCGAGGAAAAGAAAAGGAUACGGUGAUAAGCAGGUGUGAACUGUGGAGAAGGCCUCGGCCACCCAUACAGGACGUCUGCUACUAUGCCAGCUUUUCCCAGGCCCGGUAGCCUGAAGGACCCCGAAAUAGCUGUGUUAUUUGAGAAAAAUGAUCCGGAGAAAAUAUUUGAGGAUCUGCGUGAAAUUGGGCAUGGUAGCUUCGGAGCAGUUUAUUACGCGCGAUGCCUCGUCACGAGGGAAAUUGUUGCUAUCAAAAAAAUGUCUUAUCUCGGCAAACAGACUGUCGAGAAAUGGCAGGAUAUUCUCAAGGAAAUUCGAUUUCUUCGACAACUCAACCAUCCCAAUACUAUUGAAUACAAAGGAUGCUACCUCAGAGAUCACACUGCAUGGCUUGUGAUGGAAUAUUGCCUCGGCUCAGCAUCUGAUAUAAUAGAAGUCCAUAAACGGCCUCUCAAAGAAGAUGAGAUAUCUGCAAUCUGCGAAGGCGUUCUUCGAGGCUUACACUAUCUUCAUUCCUUAGGGAGAAUCCAUAGAGACGUAAAAGCAGGAAAUAUUCUACUGACUGAAAAUGGUACGGUAAAGCUGGCUGAUUUUGGAUCUGCCAGCAUCAAGUGCCCAGCUAACAGCUUUGUAGGCACACCGUAUUGGAUGGCUCCCGAAGUUAUUUUAGCCAUGGAUGAAGGACAGUAUGAUGGGAAAGUGGAUGUCUGGUCAUUAGGAAUCACAUGUAUUGAAUUAGCUGAAAGAAAACCACCUUACUUUAACAUGAAUGCCAUGAGUGCUUUGUAUCAUAUUGCUCAAAAUGAUACUCCGACUCUAAAUUCACCAGAUUGGACAGAUCUAUUCCGGAACUUUGUAGAAGUAUGUUUAACUAAAAAUCCAAUUGAAAGACGUACUUCGGGCAAGUUGCUGUCGCAUCAAUUUGUGACUAGAACACGUUCUCCGCACGUCUUGAUCGACCUGAUUCAGAGAACAAAAGCUGCCGUGAGGGAACUGGAUAAUCUCAACUAUCGGAAAAUGAAGAAAAUACUGAUGAUUGAUGCUUGUGAAACCGAAAGUACGGUUGGAGAUGCUGAUGACACACCUGACGAGCAGACAGGUGGUGACAGUAGUAAGAGCAAUUCUAUAACGUCAGAGCACUCGAUUCAUUCAAUGGGUGUUUCAGCAAGUUCUCAAAGUUCCUCCACCAAUAGCUUACCGCUGCCAAUUGCUGAUUCAAAUGAAUACUCGACUGGUUCUGUGAGGAAUCGUCACAAGAUUUCAGCUGGUGUUACUGCCAAUCUAAUUGAACAUGGUGCUAAUAACUUUGCCACUAUUAGAACUACAUCAAUAGUCACCAAACAACAAAAGGAACAUAUGCAGGAAGAAAUGCAUGAGCAAAUGAGCGGCUAUAAACGAAUGAGACGAGAACAUCAAGGUGCUCUGUUUACCAUGUUCAUUUGCCAUUGUUUUCAGGUAAAAUUAGAGGAACGUUGUAAAAUGGAGGUUGAGUCGCACAAGCAAUUGUUGGACAAAGAAUACGAAACCUUACUUCAACAGUUUAGCAAAGAGUUAGAGAAAUUGCAACUCAGACAUCUUCAGGAGUUGGAGCGAAAAUUAAAGCAAAAUCAAAAUGCAGAGAAGAAAUUGCAGAAAGAAAUAUCCAGCCGGCAAGAGGCUGACCGCAAAGCGUUGGAAGCUCAGCAAAAACGUGACUACAAGGCUUAUAAGGAACGAUGGAAGAGGGAGCUAUCGCAAGAUGAAGUGACACCAAAGCGACAGCGGGAUGCUACACUACAAAGUCAUAAAGAUAGUUUACGGCAGAUGGAAGCUCAAGACGAGCAAAGACUUGCUAGAGGACAACGCGAAUAUCUUGAUCUCGAGAUUCGUAAAUUUCGUAGAAAAAAAUUACUCAUUUUCCAUAGUCUGGAGCAGGAACUCUUAAGAGAGGAGCUGAAUAAAAGACAGCAGCAGCUUGAACAAGCUCACGCAAUGCUACUGCGUCACCAUGAAAAAACUCAGGAACUCGAAUACAGACAACAAAGAGCAGUACAUGCACUUCGGGAGGAACAGGUGCAACGGCAGCAUACCACGGAAUUGUCCAAUCAACAGGACUAUAUGCAGCGGGCUGAACGUGAUUUACGCAAGAAGCAUGCACUCGAACUUAAACAACAACCCAAAAGUCUGAAGCAAAAGGAAAUGCAAAUACGCAAACAAUUUCGAGAGACAUGCAAAAUUCAGACACGUCAGUAUAAAGCGCUCAAAACACAGAUAUUACAGACCACUGCCAAAGAUGAGCAGAAAGCAGUGAUUAAAAAACUGAAAGAAGAGCAGAGACGGAAGCUUGCUCUGUUGGGUGAUCAAUAUGAACAAAGCAUCGCUGAAAUGUUACAAAAACAAAGUAUUCGAUUGGAUGAAUCACAAGAAGUUGAAUGUCAUCAGCUCAAGGAGAGAUUAAAUUAUGAGUUAGAAAUUCUGAUGGCAUAUCAGUCAAAGAAUAAAAUGCAAGCUGAGGCUCAGAGAAAUCGAGAGCGACUUGAAUUGGAAGAUCGCGUUUCAGUAAGGCGAGCACUUCUUGAACAAAAAAUGGAGCUGGAAACGCAGCAGUUCUUACAGGAACGCAGUGAACGAAUCCGUUUGCUCCAUGAAAGACAGGAACGAGAGCUGCAACAAUUUGAUGAAGAGAGUGCCAGAAUUGGCUUUAGUGCACUGGCGAUAGCAGAGGCAUCAAAAGAGUCUUAUCCCGAUGACGAGAGCCUUAGUGGCUCGAUGCUAAGUCUGGCUCACAGUAAUAGCUCUACAUCCUUCCCCCCGAAUAGCCUCUAAUCUUAACUAUUAUAUAACAUACGUCUGACUGCAGUUUGUGCUCUUGAAUUGACCUCCUAAAUAUUUGCUAACUUAUAAACAAUGGUUGUCAAUUCGUUGUGCCUGCACCAAUACCUAAGAGAACAGGAAAUUACUGCUGGAUAUUAGGUUGAACAUGGGAUAAUUUAUUAUUUGAAUUGUUAGCCCUGAUCAAAUCCAAACGUAAACAAUACGAAGCCCUUUUAUAUGUACAAACGAACUAAGUUUUCACACGUUUUAAACCUUUCUUCAUUCGAACAACUAACUUUCUAGUACGAUUUGCUAAGAUAGUUGAGAAUCAUUAAUUAUAUUUCUUGUCUCUAAAAACCCCACCUCGAUAAUUACUUGAUAUUCUAAAUGAGUAGGGUGUGGUUGUGCAAAGCUACUGUAAAGGUAUUAAAACAAAACGUACUAAACUUGAUAUUUUUAUAACUUUUCCGUAACUACAGUUUUGUUUUUUUACAUAUAUUUUUUGUACUUUCUGUACGUCUUCCAAUGCCACAUCGUGUAAACAUUGAAACUGUACAAGGUGUGAAAGUAAGACUUGAUCAGCAAACAUAUUACGUACAUGUACACAUAUUAUUGAUUUUUAUUUGUUAUUUUGACCAUAUUCAUCUGAGAAAACUUGCGUAAAAUCAGAAACACAGAAUAUUGUAUGAUUCACAGCAAUACUUACGAUGCAUGAUAUAAUCUAUAGUAAACGUCUCAUGUUUACUUUGAUAUCCAGUACACUUUCCAAUUUUAUACUCUUGAACCAUACUGUGACUUUCCUUUCCUUUCCUUCCCUUUCCUUCCUGUUCCCUUCCUUCAUUUCUUAGUAUCUCUACUACCUGUAUUUGUUAUAUAUCUUUUAUCUAAUUCAUUAAUUCAAUAAAUAAUACAACGUCAGAUGAUUGUGACAGUUUUAACGCAAGAUGAAGAAGCAGAAAUUUGACUGAUUGCAAAAAUUAAUAUACGCAUAUUCAGUAUAUUUGAUUACGUAAUCACUACACUUUGCAAAAAUAGUGAUAAAAUUGUUACCAUUUCUAAUUGACUUCGUUCAUUUGCUUGUUUGUUAGUUUUAUUUGCUUUAGAACUUGAAAGAAACUGAAGUCCGUUAAAACGUUAUUUGAAACGGUUAGCGGAUGUUCACAGCUACCGUAGUUAUGAGAUUCCUUGUCUGGAAAAAAAAUUGGUAAAACUCGAUGACAAAAUAAAGACAGUUAAAGACAGUUAAAAAAAAUUGACCUGUUGUAUUAAUUUCAAACAUCGAAAUCGACAAACUAUUGAAUGAAUUCAAGCUAUCAAUUAAAAACUAAAUAUAAAAUGGGGGAAAAAAUGUUUGUGCAAUAUGAUCCUAUCAGUUUAUAAUUCACGUUUAUUAAGAUUAUUCUUAUUUUUCAUUUGAGUGAGUACUUAUUCAAUUACUUUGACAAUGUGCUUAUUGUCAAAGCCAUGUCAGUUAUCGAGUAUUUGCAACUGAAAAGACAGACUUUACAAUGCGAAAGUUGGCUGGGUUUAAUGAUAAAAGAUUGUCACUACACUAACUUGAUAAAUGGGUCGUUUGCAAAGAUGCAAUUGAGGAGGUGAGAAGUAUGUAUACAAUAUUUAUUAAUGAAUUAUUCAAUUAUGUGUUCAAUUAUUGUGAUAUAAGUCUUUGCAAAGAGAACAUGGAGGUCGCAAUUGGCUCGGAUAUGUGUUCAGUGCAUGAUGCUUGUCAAAAUUGUCACAAUCAACUGAAGCUACUACCAUUAGAGUGGCGCGAUAUGUACAUAUACAAAAACACGCUAAACAUAAUACACUAUUAAAGUGAAAAGUAAUAAUAAAGGAAAUUGAUGUAAAUCCGUAUGCAGUGGAAAAUGUAGGAGAGUUUAGAACUUGUUGUCAGUUAAUGGACUAUUUUGCAAACGUCUCAACAUGUUUCAAAGAUGCUAAGAUCAACUCGUGCUAUUAACGUAUCGAUUUCCGUAGUUUUCAUUUGAAUGCAAUUGAUGAAAAUUAAAAACAGAAAAGAAAUGUUAUAAUCUGAAAUCGAUUACUCCUUAUUGGUAUUGUAGAAUCAUCUUUUCUAUUACUUUUUAAUUACGGAUAAAACCAUUCGAUCUGCAACUUAAGAAAUCGGGUUUUAUAUGUAGCACAAAUUGUUAAUCUUGUACUGCGGUUAUACAUGAGAAAGUUAAUUCCAUUUCAAUCGUAACUAUUAUUUGAAUUUAGUAAAAAACACCACUUUGGAAUAUCAAUUUUCGAUGUUGUCAGCAUUUGUAAAUAUUUGUUUGCUAUGUUUAUUGUUACGAAAUGGAACCUUAGGUAAGUCGACUAGAACUUGUAGACAGUGAUGUUUACAGAUACUCUCCAAAGUUACGCUUCAACGCAGUAUCAGGCUUUAACUAGGCAAAUUGUAAUUUCGUUUCACGUAGCGGUAUUUUUUAUGUAAACCGAGGUCUAGAAAGUUGUAGAAAACUAAGCCUGAGGGCCCAAGUUGAAAACCAAUUUUUUGGUUGUAGCACUUUAUCGUAAAACCGUCACUACGAUGCAACAAAAAGGGAUAACGUUAGCAUUGCAAUGUUGUAAACUCACGGUUCAUCGAAUUUUCACCAGCCUGUUCUGUUAUCAGCAUAUUCAUUCCACUUGCUAGACCAAAAUGGGUGGACUUAAUUUACUUUUAGGAACAUAUCUAAUAUCAUGCAACUAAAGUAACGUGACAAAUUAUGUUGCUUAUUUUUUCAACAUCUUACAACUACAUUUUAUUCUUUUUACUGUAGCAGCAACAGCUCCAUAAAUGAAUACCAGAAUAAUGGUGUUUAGAUUUGGUACACAAAUUUUUCAAAAUUAACAUUAUGUCCUAUUCCAUAAUCUUCUAUGCCUGAAGAGUGAUGCCUUUGGUGAUCAAAAUGUCGAUUUUCUUUCAUUCCAUUGAUCUCGAACAGUCUUAAUUGACCUGUGAAUAUUAUUGAUCAGUAGAUUGUUUGUUACCGAUUUUUUUUCGUCUUCAAGUUCAAAAUGAAUACAUAGUAGUGAAUUUUGAAAAACACUGGAAUCUCAAUAAUAUCAAGUCACACUGAGUAACCUCACUGAAAGCUGUAUUUGAGCACGAAAAAUAACAUAUGAAAGGAGGUGAAAAAUGUAUUUAGCGCCAACUCCAGUACACAUCGAAUUAGAAAAAUGUUCAGUCAUUUAUUUAUAACAAUCAUCAUGACUCAUGCUUGCUUCCUCAGAAGCCAGCUUACCUGCCAAGUUUAUUUAUUCAUAUAUAUUCCACUAAUCAUAUAAUGUGAAGUGAAUAGAAUAUCUGUAACUUCAACUUCAUAAAUAUCAUAUUCCAGAUAUAAACACCUGUAUCUCUAUGAUGGAGAUAAAUUGAGUAUAUUUCUGUUAAUUCACAAACAUAAAAACUUACAUGAUUAGUAACAAUAGAAACCUUAAUCCGCAUACUUAGCAAUUGUAACGUGUUCCCUAUUUGUGUAUCAUGGGCCCUGUGUGAAUCUAAUUUGUGAGCUUAUCGUAUGGUCAUACAUGCUCACGUAAAAAAAGUAACAUAAACAUAUACUUGAUUAUAAACAGAAAUAGGUACAUACGAGUAUAGAUAAAUAUUCUCUAUUAUUAUAUACAUAUAUAAUUAAACUAAAGAAAACCAAUACCUUUAUAGCAAGUAACCAAUCAAGAAAAAAAAAUUAAUAAGCAACGCACGCAUUGUCAGUAAUCCGAUGUAUCGUCGGUCUUAAUAAUUAUAAUAAUUAUUAUCAUAAUUAAUUAUUUUUAUUUUUAAGUUUAGGUAGAGUAUAAAUACAUUUUUUAACUAAACUGAUGGAUGGGGCAGAGUGAGCGUGUGCUACAUUAAAACAAUUAGACCAACGUUUGUUACAUGCACUUCAGCCACUCAAAACCACUAUGCUGAUUAGAUAAUAAAAAUUGAAAAUAUCAAAUCAUAUGUCA